UUAUUACCAGACACCGGUAAAGCACGGCAUGCGAGCUGACAAAAAGCUGAGCCCAAAUCGCCUAUAAAUUCACCAGCUCUUGUGCGAUUUUGGCAGAACAAGCUGUGCAGCCAAGGCGUGCGAGCUGUCUGAGGAGAUGGCGAGGUUCAUUCUGACGCUUGUGAGACAUGGCCAGACAAUAUAUAACCAAGAUGGUAUCAUCCAAGGUCAAAUGGACGUUCCAUUGUCUGAGGAGGGGAGGAAGCAGAUCUGGCUUCUGGCCAAGGCAUUAGAGCAGCACCGAUUCACCAAGAUCUUUGCCAGUGACCUCCAGAGGGCGACAGAGACUGCUCAAGCCAUUGUGGACCAUGGAACAGUGGAAAGGCCGAAGGUCGUCACAGAUCAAAGGUUAAGAGAAAGGGGUUAUGGACGCUUGGAAGGGAUACCAGUGAAGGAGUACCAGGGACAAGCCAGGAAAGGCAAACAUCACAAACAUUUCACUCCAGAGGGAGGAGAAACAAUCGAUCAAGUCAGAAAACGUGCCGUUUCCUUUUUCAAAGAGCUGUGCGAUGACUUCCUAGAGGGUAAUGCACUCCAAAACCCUCCCACAAAAUGUACAGCCACUAAAAAAACCCUCAAGUCUGAGGAUGGUACGAACUCGUCAGCAGCAACUCCUACAAAUCCAGAGUCUUCCAUUGCAUCGUCAGGGGUGAGUGCUUCCAACGAGGUGGACGUGCCUCCAGUUGAGUUCACAGUUGGCCCAUCAUCAGAUGAUGAGGAUCCCAGAGACCAAGCUGACGGAAGUUCAGAAGGCCUUACAAGUGACGUCCAAACGUGCCUCCCUUCUAAACCUCAACAGAGUGGGAGUAAAACCCCUCAAUACCACAGACAGUCACCCCUCAGUAACCAAUACGCCCCCAAUGUGACCCUGUCGUCAUCCUCCAUGGGCGGGAGUGAGUCACAAGAGGGGGCUAUUGAGAUCUCCUACUCUGAGGGCAGCCUCUGCAGUCAGGACACUGACGAUUUUGACGAGGACGUGGACCUGGAAGGCAUGGUGGCAGACAUCCUGGUGGUCGCCCACGGCGUCCUGAUCCGGGAACUGAUGCGGUACUUCAUCGAGGACCUCAACUGUUUCGUGCCCAAGGGCCCCAGCCUUGCCAAUCGGGUCACCUUCAACACGGGCAUGUCCAGAUUCCAAGUGGAUCUCCUGGACGGUUUCCCGAAGAUGGAGUGCCUGAGUAUCCAUCAGAUUGACCACCUGCAUCAACUCUAGCAGUCACAAUUGCCUACAUCUGGUCAGGUUUUUUUUUAAACUUUUUUUCGUUUUUGUAAUAAUUCAGGGAAGUGAUUUUUAUGUACAGUACCACACUGCUGUAAUAAACACUACUCAUUUAACCAUUGCCAAUUCAGUUUUUGGUUCCGAGUUAUAAAUUGUAAACAGUAUUAACAGCAUUACAUUAUUUAAUGUAAUUUUCAUGCAAUAUUGACUUGAAAUAUAGUGACUUACUCGAUUUGACUCUUGAGGACUAUAAAAAUGUGGAAAUAAUUUAUACUUGAGGGCCUUUCUGGACAAUUUCCUACCAUUCACUGCUCACGAGUAUUUCUCUUGUUUGCGCACGAGCAGCAUUUUGUGCAGCGGUUUUGAGCAUGUUCUUGUGGAAAUUGGUUGCAAACGUGCAUGCUUUGUUUUGUUAAAGUAUGCCCUCACUUGGGUCAAGUGAGUUGUCCACAUGGCCCCUUCUGUAGUUAAUGUGCAGUGACGGUACGCCGUAGAAGUGGUUACGCCAUACGCCAUUGCCCGGGGCGAUGUGUCUACACAAACUCAGCCUUACGCUAGUAAUAGCGCGGUAUCCACGUUUCAUCAGUUUUUCAUCCGUUAGAAAAGAAACGUAAAGAAAUCCGUCACAUUCUGAGUGAUAACUACAGUCAGCUACGAAGCACCGUCCUAUUUUCCGGUCUUAUUUAUUCUAAAUGUCUGAGAAAAUUCAAAUAGAAAAUUUUUAACAAAUCCUUCGGUAAAAAUGGUGGACAAGACAUUGUUUUUGGACACAUCACUAUUGGAGACGAUCCGCACGACAUCACACUUCUACGGCGUAAAGGGUCUUUCAAACUUGAUGAGCAUCAAGAUAUCCAGUAAAAUCAGAUCGAAGGCCAUUUCAAAGGCUGACUUUUUUGUCUUCAAAUUAACAAUUAUAUUACUUUUAAUGUACAGUGUAGUCACUUUCUUCAUAAAAUAUAUUGACAAAAUUUAGGUUAAGAUUUUUUAGUUUUUAAGGACCCUUAUCUUUUUAAUUCACUGCUCGAUUUUGUUUUUCAGCAAAACGAUGAAAAAAGAAAAUCUCCAAAUUCUGUGAUUAAUUAAGACAUUGCAUUUGUAGGCAUGUGGUAAUAUUAAACAUGACUUUAACAUUUAAAACACAGAAACUGUCUUACACCAAUAUUGUAAUUGGCCUAAAGACAGUCAUAUUAUCGCCUGUAAAGUUGAAUGUAUUAACAACUACCUCGUUAUGUUUGUUAUGCUUUGUAUGAUUACGAGAUGUGACCUCAGCAAUUAUUUUGAUGACAUCAUCAUUAUUAUUCUACUCAGUGCCUUAACUUUAUACGUGUAAAUAUAUCUUCAUAUAAAACUUAAGCAUGACACAAAGUAUAUUGUAUAUAGACAAGAGUAUAGUUAACAACAUUGAGAGAGGUAUGGUGGUGUAAAUGCCUUCAACUCUCGCUCCAAACCUUGUUUGGACAAGGUUGUAGUUUUUGUUUUAGGUUUUUGUUUGGAACUUCAGAACAUCAGAGGAAUGUAUCAUUAAAAUACGUGUAUCGUUAGAAUUCACAUCUUUUGAUGGAGGUUUUUGUCAGUUGUAAUCGAGUAAUUACAAGCAAAAUUGUAAAACUUAGUACUGUCACGAGAAACGGGAUAAAUAACGCUAAAAGGAAUAUCAUUUUCACAGCUCAUGUGAAUCGCCUGUCAGUUGGGCAGCCUGCAUGACUGCAUGAUCUGUGAUUGACUUGUGACAACUUCAUUACAAACUUGGUUCCUGUUUCAAUUUUUGUAUGCAACUUCAAAACUGAGAGUUAUUGCUUUCAAAAAUAAUAAAAAGCUGCUUCAAAAUAUCAAGUACCGUAUGGUGGCCUGAAAUGCAUAAAUCGUGAAAAAAUCAAUUCAACCCUUGUAACAGAAGCUUUUUUCAAGAGAGAUUUUCUAGAACUUUUAUUAUAAAAUCCUUCCAAUAGUCUCGGAGAGAACCUUUCAUGAUUAUUAAGUAUUAAGAAAAUCCAGAAUUUCCAAGCCUCACAAUUUUAAGUGAAAAUACAGCAUAAGAUGAACGGAUGUCAACUUGCCUCAGAGCCAGGGAAAAGGUAAAACAGGCCAAAAUCCCACAAAUGUUUCUUACAGUUAGCAGAAUUGUGUGUUGUCUGUAUUGUACUUUCUUGGUUUUUACCUCAUAUUUUUUAUAUUCAGUAAUAACUUUUAAUAAACUUGUUAUCUCAGAAGUUCCAACUUAAAGGUAUUAUACAAUAUUUGCAAACAUCAAAAAAA